AUGGCUGUGUCCUGGGCAGGUAACCCGUUCCAGGUUGCCAAGUCGUUCGUUGCAGCGUUGGAGAUCCAAAGGCAGCGUGCUGGCUCCAGGAUUGAAAUUUCAAAGGCCAAGACAACUCUGAAGCAGUCUGCGUUCUCGAAGACAUGCUGCCCAGUUGCAACUCUAUGCACGGCAUUGGGCCUUCAGGCAGUUUUGUUCUGCUCGAUCGUCUUCCAGCACAACUCGCUUUGCCCGCGUGCUUGCAGCGUGCGCUUGCCAGUUGCGAGCCUUGCAUCGCGAUCAAAGUUCUUGGCACACUCGUCCGGUUUGCAGGAGGAAUGA